GUUUCAAUAAGUGUUAAUCACGAAAAAAUUAACGUAUAUAUAAAAUUUUUAGUGAAAACAUUCGGAAAAACCACCAAAAUUUUAUAAGUAUUAAGUUUCGCCAUGGAAGUUGGUGUAACCUUGAACAACGAACUUGAAGUUCUAAUUUCGGAAGCAUUUUGUAUCUUUGAUACGCAUGGCGAUAAGUAUAUUGAUACUCGCAAUGUGGGUAACGUCCUCCGAUUUUUAGGCUGCGUUCCCACCGAGAAGGAAGUAGAAAGUGUUAUUAAGGCCACCGAGUCGAAUGAUUAUCCCGGGGAGGCUUACAUAUCCAAGUUCAUAGCCCACGUCUCACAGCUGCUUAUGGAUCGACAAAUGGAACCAGCUUCUACAGAAAAGCUUCUAGAGGCAUUUGAGACCCUUGACCCAGAAAACAAGAAAUAUCUGACUAAGGAAUACUUUGGGAAACUUAUGUCUGAGGAAGGUGAACCUUUUUCCCAAGAGGAACUGGAUUCUAUGUGGCCGGUGGCUAUUGAUCCCAUUACUGGAAACAUUCCCUUUACUUUCUACAUUAAUCAACUUAAGCACAAGCCAAUUAUCUAUGAUAUCGCUGAAGUUGUUAAGGAGGAAUUGGCCCAAGCCGAAAAAGAAAAGGGAAAGAAACCCCAACAAACUUCCUAGCUUUCUGUGUUGGAAACCUUAGCAAUAUCAUUUUGACAUGUUUAGCUAUAUAUAUUUUCAACUAAAACCUAAUUAUGUAUAUUUAUAAAAUAAUUUAAAAACCAGAAACCAAACGCGAUUAAUUAAUAGAACUCUAACAAAUGGCA